AUGCCUAAGACAGAGAUAGCAUCAAAUGUUAGAUUAUCUAACACAGGAGUUCAAAUUGAAGUUCGCCAUGUCGGUGUUCAAGUUCCUGAACCUGAAUCUGCAAACACAACAACAUCAGGAACAGAAGACAAACCAAAAACAAUAAGAAGAAGAGUCAGAAAACAACUUGAUGUUCCUAAAAAGGUCAAAAAGUCUAGAACAACGAAAAAGAGAUCACUUUCCAAAUCAAAAGCCAGAACAAAAUCAGCAACAGGAACAAAUGAAACAUAUGAAACUGGAACUGAAGAAGAAGAUGAGGAAUACACUAAAACUCAUACUUAUGAAUAUGAAACAAUCGAAAUUCCUGCCAAGAAGAAGAUUCGCCAUAGAAAACUCAAAUCCAAAUCAAAAUCUAAAACAAAAACAACAGAUGAAAAUGAGUAUUAUUAUUCUUACUCUUAUGCAGAAGAGGAAGAAGAUGAUAAAGAAAAAAGUACUUCUGGAAGUUAUUUAACAAAAUCUGACGAAUAUAACAAAAAACAAGAAGAAGAAAGCGAAGAAGAACAAAAUAAAGAGGAAGAAGAUACAUCAUCUGUUGUCAAACCAAGCAAAGCUCUUAAGUUAAGAUACGAUCCAAAUGAUUACAUCGAUGAAAAUCAACAAGUUGAAGUCAAGAAAGAAAAUUGCUUGGAAACACAAAUUGAUUUGGAAAAGAACCAAAAGAUGAUGGAGAAUGACUAUAAAGACGAAGUCAUGCCAGUUCCUGUCGUUUCAAGAUCAAUCUACAAUCCACUAUUUGAUUUAAUUCAAAGAGGCGACAACGAGCAAAUUUUAGAAACAGUCAGAAAUGAUGAAAGUUUGGUUUUGCAGCCGAAGGAAGAAGGAAUCACUCCAUUAUAUUUCGCGACUAUGCAAGGAAAGUAUUCUGUUGUUGAAUUCUUGGCAAAACAUGGCGCUGACAUAAAUUCUCCUGAUAAAGAUGGAAGAACAGCACUUCACAUCGCAGCAAUUUAUGGUCAAAAGAGUUUGUAUCAUAAACUAAUGUCGUUAGGAGGAAAACUUGAUGUUAAAGACAAAAACGGACAGACCACAAAUGAAAUUUUCAAGAAAAGAAGAGAAGUUUUCGAAGAAUUCAUCGGAAGUUGUUAUCACGGAAUGACGUCGAAAGCUGAAGAGUGUCUCCACAUUUAUCCAUCAUUUAUUAAUGAAAAGGAUAGAGCUGGAAUGACAGGAUUAAUAAGGAGCCUCGAAAACAGCCAUUUCGAUACAUUCCAAAUGCUUCUUGAAAAUGGUGCAGAUGUUAAUACAAAAAUGAGUGAUGGCAGAACAGUUUUGUUUUACGUAGUCGAAAACAACAUGCUUGAAUGGGUUGAAUUGCUUCUUUCUAAAGGAGCUGACGCAACAGUCGUUAAGAAAGGAGGUGGCACUUUGCUCGGAGCAGCAAUUAAAACUCAAAACACAAAAAUCAUCGAAUUAUUGAUGAAAAGUGCCACACAAAAAUCCGGUCAAGAUCCGGAAGGAAAUACGAUUUUGCAAGCAGCAGCUAAGGUAGGAAACUAUGAUUUACUUAGUUUGUUAAUAGACAGCGGCGCCGAUAUCCACGAAAGAGGUAGAGAUGGCGAUACAAUUUUACUUACUAUCGCGAGAAAAGCAUUUCCGAAUGCAAGGUUAGCUUUCAGAAAGGUAAUGAUUGCUGGAGCUGACAUCAAUGCUCGUGGCAAUGAUGGAAAGACAGCUUUACACCUUGCGGCUGCUAAUGGAAAUAAAGAUUUCGUUCAAGCUUUGAUCGCUGCUGAUGCUCAGAUUAAUAUCAGAGAUAAGUCAAAGCAAACACCUCUUGGUGUUACAACAGAUACUGUUAUUGCUGAAUAUUUAAAGUCAAAAGGUGGAAUUAAAUAA